AUGGACGACGCCACCGACGCCGCCGCCGUCCGGUCGGUCUGGGCCGACAACUUCGAGGCCGAGUCCGCCGUCUUCCGCCAGAUCGCGCCGCACGCCACGCACGUGGCGCUGAACGUGCAGUACCCGGGCUGCGUGGUCCGCGGCGACGCCCGGAAGAGCCACUACGACAUGACCGCCGAGGAGCGGUACCAGGUGAUCCAUGCGAACGUGUCGCUCCUCAAGCCGCUCCAUGUGGGGCUCGCCAUCCGCACCGGCGACGGCGGGCGGUUCGCGUGGGAGUUCAACCUGCGCGGGUUUGACGUCGCCUCGGACCUCGACGCGAGGGACCCCGACUCCAUCGCCUACCUCGCGCGCCGCGGGGUCGACCUCGGCCGGCUUCCGACGUCCGGCGUCCACGGGCACGAGCUCCGCUGGAUGCUGCGGGACUCCGGCCUGCUCGGGGCCCGGGCGUCGUGGGCGACUUUCGCCGGCGCCUACCACGUCGGCUACUUCGCGGCCAUGAUGUCUGGCGAGGAGCUUCCCGGCGACGUGAACGCCUUUAUGGAGGUGGUGCGGCAGCUCCUCGGGCCGUCCGUGUACGACGUGAAGCUGCUGGCCAGGCAGCACGACCGGCGGUGCGUCGGCGCGCUGAGCCACGUCGUGAAGCAGCUCGGCGUGGAGCAGCCUGAUGAGCCGAACUCGACGCCCGCCGGCACAGGUAGCACGCUGGCGCUCCUGGCUUUCGAGACGUUGAAGGAGAAGCUUGGCGCCAACAUGGAGAAGCACCGCGGCCAAUUGUGUGGGCUGCAGGCUGUCUAA